AUGGAAAAAGGUGAUCAUGGGGUGUCUUUUGGGGAGGCCACCGAGGAUCAUCGUCAUGAUGAAUAUCGCGAGAUAAUUCGAGAAGUUGAACUGAAAACAAAUAUCACGACCUACUUGUAUUUCGUUGUGAUUACUGUGGCGAUCAGUGGGUUUACGACUGGGUAUGACGUGGGAAUCCUGAGUAGCGCAAUCUUAAUGUUAGAAAAGGAUUUUGUUUUGACAACUGUUCAAAAAGCGAUCAUCGUAGGAAUAACCAAUGCCGGAGGCUUUUUUGGUGGCAUAAUUGCUGGAUACGUAGCUGAUGUGGCCGGAAGAAAAUUAACCACCUUUCUCAACGCCGCAUUCUUUUUCGCUGGCUACGUUCUAUCAUCCUUUUCAACAGCAUUUCUGAUACUUCUUGUAGGUCGAUUUACUGUUGGCUUCGCCGGAGGCAUCUCGUCCAUGAUUACUCCGACGUAUAUAAGCGAAAUUUCGCCGGUAUUUCAUCGCGGAGAAUUAGUAACUUGGAAUAAUCUGAUGUAUACAGCUGCACAAACUAUUGCAAUUUUAAUUAGCAUUAUAUUUUCAUCAGUUGGUGAUUGGAGGUGGAUGUUUCGUGCUUCUGCGAUUAUUCCGUUAAUUCAGAUUAUUGGUUUAUUCCUAAUUCCGGAAAGUCCUCGUUUUUUGGUGAAAAAUGGAAAAAACGAAGAGGCCAUAGUUAUACUGCAAGAAAUAUAUCCAAAUUCCUCUCGAGAGUUCUUGGAAGAUGAAAUCGAGGUGAUUCGCCAAACCGUUUCCGAAGAUAAUAAAGGAUCUUAUAAGUUGUUGCUCAAAUAUCCUUAUAGGAGACCUCUAGUGAUCGCCUGCGGUUUGUUGAUCAUACAAGAAUUGGCAGGAUAUGACACACUAAUGUAUUAUGCAGCAACGAUUAUAAAAAUAAUUGGAUUUGCUGCGACGACAACUGCCAUAAUAUAUUCUCUCGCAAUUUCAGUGUCAAGUUUCAUAAUGCUUAUGGUUUCUAAAUACUUCAUCGAUAGAAUAGGCCGUCGCAAAAUUCUCUUGUCUUCCAUGGCUGGCACAAUAAUAGGCCUUAUUCUAUUCAGUAUUGGAUUUUCCUUUAUCACAGGUUUUGUCACCAAGCAAUCGUCAUGUAUCAAUUAUGAAAACUUGUGUAGCGCAUGUGUAUCAGACGAUCGAUGUAUGUUUAGUAAUUCAAACGGAGGAAUUUGCGUGGAUAAAAAUUCCACUGUCAGCGUUACAUACGGAGCAUAUGAUAUUUGUAUAAAAAAUCACGAAGCUGGAGCGUGGUUUACGCUUUGUGCAUUCACGCUCUUUUCGAUGUUAUAUUCUUUGGGAUUUGGAAAUAUUACAUGGCUAAUCCAAAGUGAAAUUUUUCCACUAAACAUCAGAGGCAGAGCCACGGGGAUUGGGGCAGCUGCAAACUGGGGUAUGACUGCAAUUGUAUCAGGGAUAUUUCUUCCGUUAACUGAAGUCAUAACGAUACCAGGAACAUUAUUGCUAUUUGCAUUAUUUACAUUAUUGGGUUUCAUAUUUGUUUAUUGUUUGUUGCCCGAAACUGUCGGAAAAUCUUUAGAAGAGAUUCAGGAUUAUUUUGUGAGCACCAUCCUUUAUUAUAUGUCAACCUCG